UUCUUCUUCUCCUGCGUGCUAGUGAACCAGGAGUCCAGCAGCUUCUUGCUGUAGUAGAGUUGCCAGCCAUGCACCUGCGCGGCCACCACCACCACCAGGUACAUGACAGAGACGGCCGAGAAGCCGAAGAUGAAGCGGUGGAAGCGGCUGCUGGGCCCCAAGGAGACGCUGAGGCUGCUGGAGGGCUCUGUGGUGCACCGGGAAGGAGCCCUGCUGGCACUGAACAAGCCCCCUGGCCUCCCCAUUCUGGGGCGUCCUGGGGACCUGAGCCUGGAUGUGCUGCUGCCGGCACUGAGACGACGCCUGGGCCUCCCUGCUGAGCUCCACGUGGUGAAGGCUCCUGCCAGGGAGUAUUCUGGCCUUGUCCUCCUGUCCAGCUGCUACCACACCACUAAGAAACUCCAACAGUUCUUCACUGAUGCUCGUUGGAGAGGCCAGUACCCUGCCACGUAUCGUGCCAUCACCGUGGGAGUCCCGGCAGAGGCGGAGGGUGAAAUCUCCACAGGGCUGAGCUGGCAGCAGCAGGGGGACAGAGCCAUGGUGGUGCCAGUCCCAGCCCCAGGACGCCGCAGCCUGGCCAGGAAGGAUGUGAAGAGCACCCUGACACGCUACCGGGUGCUGAGUGCCACAGGGGGCUGUGCCCUCCUCCAGCUCCAGCCCAGGACGGCCUUCCCAGAACAGCUCCAGGUGCACCUGACGCUGCUGCUGUGCCCGGCCCUGGGUGACCACAAGCACUCCUCCCGUGUGGGCAGGGUGCUGGGAGUGCCCUUCUUCCUGACCCCCGAAUCUGCCCCGGCCCGCACACAGGUACUGGACGAGGAGCUGCUGUCCCAGCUGGGGCUUUCUCCACGGCAGCUCCAUCACCUCCCACUCCACAUCCACCUGCAGGAGCUAGUGCUGCCCGAGGGCCCCCUCUGUGCCCCCCCACCACCGUACUUCCUGCACACUCUGCGCUGUCUGGGGCUGCCUGAGCACUAGGAGCUCUAGUGCUGCCAUGGACACCCACCCCACCCUUCUACUCUCUGCCACCCCAUUAAAAUCCCCCCCUGUUUUCUGGGUGGCCCAGCACUCAGUUCUUUUCUUGGCACACAGAGGAUGCAUUUCUCCUGGCUGUGCCUCUGGGGGCACCAGCCCUGCCACCACUCUCUGCCUGCCCUGGUGCCAAGUGCUGGAAUGCAGCAGUGUCAUCACCCACCACAGCUCUGUCUGGCAGGGGCGACCAUAGGCAGGAGCAGAGGCAGCUUUUCCUGCCUGCUCUCUGCCCUGGCAGCCCCAGUUCCCACCCACAGCCCCAUCCCAGGGGCAGUCCUACCCCUCCCCACACUCUCACACACAGAAGGUCCGAGACAGACUCCUUAUCACAGAAUCAUUUUAAAGCGUGGGAGGAGCUGGGUACCACGACACAGCAGUGGGAUCUCUUUGGGAUCAGAGGCAGCCGGUGUUGGCUCAGCAAGGACAGGCAGGGUGCUGUCCACUCCUGGGGCUGUCUCAGUGUCCCAAGUCUUCUGCAUCCCAUUGGGAGCUGCUGUGUUCUUCUGCUCCAGGCACGGGGUCCCGGUGCUCUGUGCAGACUGAGGUUGUUGCGAGGGCUUGGCAGGAGGGAAGAAGUGUGCAGAACCUUGGGUUAGCCAGGGGUUUCUGGGGGUUCCCCGGGGUGGUGGCAUCGGCACCCAGUCCAGGGGACAGCCACCGAUCCGGGGCUGCUCAGGCAGGUGACCGAGCCGUGGCAGCCCCUGGCUCGCAGCAGGGGUGGCCCGAGGCUUUGGUGGUGCUGGGGGGUCAGAGCUGCUGGAAGGGCAGUGGCUCUGUUGCUCCAGAGGAGGCAACUUCUUUGUUGCUGCUCUGGGCUGGGUCCCCUGGGUGGUUCUGCCCCCUGGGGACACAGAGCUCUUGUAGGCGCUGGGCACCGUGGUGGGAGAUCGAUGGCGCGCUCUCCGGGGCACCUGGGUGGUUCUGCCCCCUGGGGACAGGGAGAGCUUGGGGGCACUGGGCACCAUGGUAGGAGAUCGAUGCCGUGCUCUCCGGGACACCUGGAUGGUUCUGGCCCCUGGGGACAGGGAGAGUUUGCGGGCACUGGACACAGAGGUGGAGAAAUGACGCUGCGCUCGCUUGCGUGCAUGGGUGGCUCUGGCCCUCGGGGACACAGGGAGCUUGCGGGCACUGGGCGCCGUGGUGGAGAAAUGACGCUGUGCUCGCUUGGAGACAUAAGCGUCUCUGGCCCUUGAGGACACAGGGUCAUGGAGGGUAUUGGCCAUGGGAGGGGGCUGGUCCUGGGCUUGCUCUUGUGCUGUCUGGAGGCUCUUCAGGGAACAGCCUUUGACCAGCAGCUUCACACGUCCUGACAGAAGCUUGGGCACAGCUGCCUGCAGGGAGACAGCAGGUAGUAGGGGGGCUCAGGGUGUCUGGGGGGUGUGUGGCCCCCAUCCCCCCAGCCUACCUCCUUGUAGAUGAGCUCAAACGCUCCAAUGGAGCAGGUGGGGUUGUCCUUGCGGUCCAGCACGAGGCACAGCGUGUCCCGCUGGACAUUGGCACAGAGCUGUCGGGUCACUGCCGAGGAGGGGCUCAUGGUGGGGCAGGAGUUGAUCUCCAGCAGCCAGGGCUGGAGGUUCUCCCCAACAACAAAGUCGGCCCCAUAGAGCUCGAAGUUGCCCUUGCGGAAGCGCACCCGGUCCCGGGCACUGCGCAGAGCGUUCAGGAUCGCCGCCUUCAUGCCGGGUACCAGCACCUCGUGCCAAGCAUCCGCCUGCCCCACCUGUGCCAGGUAUUCCUGGAACUGCUUGUUUGACCAGAUCUUGUCGGGGGGCA